AUGACAGACUACAUCCCUGAUGAAGCUGGAAUGUAUCACAGCAUGCGCAAGCUUAAAUGCGUGCACUCUUCCAUCCAUUUCUCUUUCAAACUGGCGCAGUACACCCACCCCGUCAGACUAUUUUGGCCCAAAUCAAGGUGCUAUGAUUACUUAUAUCAGGAAGCUGAAGCACUUCUGAAAAACUUUCCAGUUCAAGCUACAAUUUCCUUUUAUGAAGACUCAGAUAGUGAAGAUGAUGAAGAUGAACUGGAACAAGACUCAAGAACAGAAUCAGACUGCUGAUUGCAAGAAAGGCCAAUGUGACUUCUAAGACUUAAUUU